AUGGCCAGUCUUUUUAGACCAGCUGUGUCGCUCCGCGUGGUCGCACGACGAGCUCUGCACACGGACACAGUCCUACCACGUACCUCAGCACCCUCCGCACUUUCCCUCAUCCGCUCUCAGCCCUCCCAAUACGUCGUCGCCUCCGUCGCAGGCCGCAAAUACCUCCUCGCACCCCGCGACCUCCUCACCGUCCCCCGCCUCAAGGACGUACGUGUCGGCGACGUCCUCGCCCUCUCCGAGAUCCACGAAGUAGGCUCGCGCGAGUACACUAUGCGCGGCAACCCCGUCAUCCCCCCCGAAAAGGUCAAGGUCGCCGCGACCGUGGUGGAGCAUACGAAGGGAAAGAUGGAGGUAAUAUUCAAGAAGAAGCGGAGAAAGGGCUACCAAAAGACCAUCACGCAUAAGCAGACGUACACUCGUCUCAGGAUCGGUCCCAUUGACAUUACAGACCAGUAA